GCCAGGAGAGGGGGGCCUGGUGGCCAGGAAUGGAGUCUCUGGGCUCAGCGCUGGUCUUCCUGGUGCAGUUCUGGGUCCUGCAAGGAGCCACAGGCCUGAGAGUGCAGCAGGAGCCCAAGGAGCUGCAGGUGACGCGGGGCAGCCAGGUGACCUUGGCCUGCCAGGUGAUACAGUCCCAAGCGUGGGAGCGGCUCCGUGUUGAGUGGACCAAGGACGGCGUCUCCUUGUGUGAGCCACACAUCACCAAUGGCAGCCUCAGUCUGCGGGUCUGUGGGCCCCGGAGGCAGCUUUCCUGGAAGCUGCCCGGCAAUCUCACCCUGCGGCUGGAACGCGUGAGCCUCAAUGACAGCGGGCACUACGUGUGCGGUGUGGCCGUGGAGAUUCCGAAGCUGGAGGUGGAGCGAGGCAAUGGCACGCAGCUCCUGGUGAAGAAAGGACUCCUGGUGGCGCUGCUGGUGGCAGGGGGCGUGGCCGUGGCCGCCAUCGCGCUGAAAGCCUGUGUCUGGGGCCGCCGUCGCAGCCGGCGCGAGGACUCAGGGAAUCCUCUUUAUGGGAACGUCCUUUACCAGCCCCGGGGGGCCCCAAAGAAGACUAAGGCGUGGCGUGUGGAGGGGAAGGUGCUGGACAGCCCCAGGGCGAACCAGAAGAGUCAGAGCUUCUAUUCGAUCUCUUUCCCCCAGCCUCCCAGCCCCCAGCAGUGCCUGGCCCAGAAGCCUUGCCCCAGCCCCAGGUCGAGUCACCCCAUAUCUACUGUCGGCGACUCCCCUGACCCAUGCCCCUCUGGGCAGCAGUGGCCAAGAGGGCUCCUUCAAGUGGGAAGAGGACUCGAAACCCCAGAAAAGACCCCCUCCCACCAAUGGCCACAUGACAAUGUGACUGAUUUACCAAAGAGACAGGGAGUUCAGCAGCCCAGCCCAAGACCCCGGCCUCAUUACUAUAAUGCAGGAUUCCUCCCUCACCCCUAAAGCACUCAAUAAAGGCUUA